AUGGCAUCGUAUGAGGCCUUGUAUGGGAAUAGAUGUAGGUCACCAAUUGGUUGGCUUGAGGUUGGUGAAGUAGAGUUGCUAGGGCCAGACUUGGUUUAUCAAGCUAUGGAGAAAAUCAAGUUAAUUCAGGAGCGGUUGAAAACAGCUCAGAGUGGCCAAAAGUCCUAUUCAGACAUGCGGCGUAGAGACCUAGAUUUCCAAGUUGAUGAUUGGAAAUUCAUUGGAGACCCAUCUCUUAUAGUUCCUACGAAGAUCACAGGGGUUAAAAAUAGUUUGUCUUACGAAGAGAUUCCAGUGGCGAUUCUUGAUCGUCAAGUUUGCAAGUUGAGAACUAAGGAGAUUGCUUCAGUAAAAUAUUCAGUCAGUCCAGUUUCAGUCAGUCCAGUAUUCAGUCAACUCAGCAUUCAGUCAGUUCAAUAA